CUCUUGUCAUCCCAUCAUGAACAGUCAGUCAGUCCCCAUUGAUGGAAGGUCUCCUUUUUUUUUCCUCACCCCUAUCACUUUACUCUUAUCUCACCUCCGGCCGCAGCUAAACAAGAAGCAGCCACAGCAGUAGCAAGAUAGUGAUCCUCCAUGGGAAAUACCCUCGGCGUUGGCGUAGGUGUCGGCAUCGGCCUCGGCCUCGCCGUCGGCGCCGCCGGCCUGAUCCAGGCUGGUGGUCCAAAAAUUGGCGACACUUCUCAGUAUCAAUACAAUACUGAGGACAUCGACGAGUAUUCUACUGAGAGGCUGCGCGAUGCGGUGAGCUAUGCGAAGGACAACGCGAUGCUGAUCCAGGUGCCGGUCUUAGGAACAAGGAAGACAUUCUGGCGAUUAUCUGACGAAGCCACUAGGAUUAGCAGAAAACUUGCAUUAAUACUGAGGAACCAGCACUCAGUCUGCAAGUACCUCACUGCUCCUCUGCAGGUGUCCGACGUCUGGAUUGGGAGCACUGGGAAUGUCAAGCUAAGGGGUGUCAGUUUCACUGGCAAAGGUUUCUUCAGCAUUGAGCAUGUGAGAGAUGACUACAAGCACCUUUCCAGGUUCCUGGAGCUGUUGAUUACGAUCUCAGGUGGGGAUAUCAACAAAUUGCCUCCAGACUACAAGAAUUUCCUCUUACUCUUGAGGAGAAACAACCUUACAAGGGAAGAUGAAUUCUUGAUUGUAAACAAUGCUGCCCUGCUUCCCAUGAAAAACCGCACUGAGGUCUUCCUGAUGCUACAUGAUAGAAUUGUCAACUAUCUUGGUCAGACAAACCGUGCAAAGAAGAACAGAAUACUGCACAAUCUCCCCUACAACAACGACUGGUUGGAUACUGCCACGGCAAAUGCAAAGAUCAACCAGUGGGUUGUAAAUGUUAAAAACGAGUACAAAAGGACUACAAUCGAUCUACUACGGCUCAACAGAAAUGUAAGAAGCCACUUGCAUGAGUACAACCACGACGACGAUAUUGAGGAAAUUCUGUAUUGUGAAUGGCCCAUGCUGCUCACUGUCAUGGAGACCAUGUUACACUUGGAAGGUGAGCUCCAAGACACUGGCAUCCAUAACAAGUUCGGCUAGCAUCCUACUGCAAAACAGAUGAAAGAUGUAUUCUUCAUUUCCAUGGGUUAGUAAGCUACUGUUCUUCGAUCUUCAGUGCGAAAGUUUAUCAGUUUAUGGUGAUGAAGUGAAAUGCUACCUGUAGUUGCUUUCUCUGGAUGCAUCAACUUGAAGGUAAAGCCGGUCAGCUUUUGUAAAGCAUACUGUAAGAUAUCACCUUAAACUUUAAAAUUAUGCUGGAAAAUUGACAUGGUAUUGAGUUUGCAUUCAUCCUUUAA